UGACCUGCCAAAGGAGUCGAGGAGAAUGGAGGUUUACCGAUGCUUGUAGCUUUGCCCAGCUUAUAAUCAACUCAACGCGCUGCCUGUUGACGCCUCCAUCCGGAUCUGCAUUCACCCCAGUUUUCAGUUUCGACCAUAAGCAUCAACUUCCUUGAACCUUGCCACAAGGAUACCAUCCACAAAUUACAAUACCUCAUACUGCUAAUUAACUCCAAAACAGUUUGACAAAAAAGCAAAUAACCAAAAAAACUAACAAUGUACAUUUUUAACCUUCCCAGCACAGUCAUCAUCUUCUCCAUAUCACACACCCUCAUCCAUUCCGCAUUCGCAACCCCCGUCCCACGACUGCAGGUUUCUCCAACGGAAUUCGACCAGUUUGGAUAUGAACUACCCCAACAGAAGAUGGCGACGGGUGCCAACCCCAGCGGAUUGAGGCAGCCGGCGGUUUCCAACCUUGCAGGCGGCGUCGUCAACAAGCAACAGCCCGGACUGACCACGGCAUCAGGCGCGAUGCAGCGACCAGCCGCCCAGAUCAAGCCGCCACCAGCCGGUCCACAGUCCCAAAAGACGACGACGACCACGGGAACUGCAAGCGGCGGCAUGCCGUCCCAGCCGCUGCCGGCGACCGGGCUCACCGACGUGACUAGUCUGCGCAAGGAGCUGGUCAUCGACCCCGGCAUCUUCAAGUCGCUGUUCUACCACCCCGGCCCCAAGGAGAUGCUCGGGGAAAUGCCCGUAAUGUUCAUCACCCACAUCCGGGGCUUCGAGCCCGACAAGGCCUUCUCGGACGCGGCCGUCUUGAUGACCAACGACCAGGUGGUGAACAAGUUCAGAGGGCCCGACUUUGGCCUCCCCGCAACCAUCAUUCCCAAGCUCAAGUACUACAAAAUCGAAACGUCUACGGCGCCCCCGAGUGCCGGGAGCGUAAAGGCAAAAACCGUGUACGCUUUGGUGGAUCUGGAGAGCCAUAUGCGCAAGGUGAUAGGCGCCGAACUUCCCCUCGUCUCCGAGGAUAUUGUCAUCGCCAGCGAUAUGACCUUGGUCGAUGUCGAAUACAAGGCUGACACCAUGGGUAAGCUGGUUGGCGACAUGAGUCGGGGCAUAAAAAAGGGGCUACAGCCUGGAAUGUAGACGGAUAGAGUCACGUCGAAUGAUCAACUGCCUUCAUGUCAUGAGAAAAGCUGGAGCCUGAUAUUAUUUACUAACUUAAUUAGUCAAGCAAAUGAAAGGUGAUUUGCCAGCCUUUUUAUUUGCAGUCGC